CUUUCCUUCCGACGUCCACUAUGUAUUGGGACAGGCACUCCCGGAUCUCUACAUUCUUCAAUUCUCCAGAAAGGGCGUCUCCUCGUUCGAGCUCAAUUUUGACAAGGUCUUCGUCUCCGUCGUCCUCCCAUUCUGACUUACCUGCUACUUUGGAUGCCCAUCAAAAUGCCAAUCCAGUAGUCUUGGGUGUAUGCGCUAUGGAUGUCAAGGCAAGGUCGAAGGCGAUGCGUGAAAUUCUUAUUCGACUCGUCGAGCGGGCUCGCGGUUCCAUAGAAGUCAAGGUUUUCGGUGACAAAGUCAUAUUAGACGAGGACGUCGAAAACUGGCCUAGAUGUGAUAUACUUAUUUCCUUCUUUUCCACGGAUUUCCCUCUUGACAAGGCGAUAUCUUACGUCAAACUUCGAAAUCCGUUCUGUAUCAACGAUCUUGCUCCUCAGGCUUUGCUUUGGGAUCGUCGGUUAGUUGGUGCAGUUCUUGAUCAUCUCAAAGUACCAACUCCACCUCGCCUCGAGAUAUCCCGCGACGGCGGCCCAAAGAUUGACUCCGAACUGAUCAGUCUGAUGAAACAACGUCAUGGUAUCACGCUAGGAGGCUAUCAAGUCACUCCAGAAGUCACCCUUCGAGAGGAUGGUGAUGCUAUCAUCAUAGACAACAAAGUAUUGGAAAAGCCAUUUGUCGAGAAACCUGUGAGCGGAGAGGACCAUAACGUCUAUAUCUACUUCAAGGGAGGCGGCGGACGUAGACUUUUCAGAAAGGUUGGUAACAAAUCCAGCGACUUGGACCCGACAUUAAAUCAUCCCCGGACGGACGGUUCCUAUAUCUAUGAGAAAUUUAUAGAUGUCGACAACUCCGAAGAUAUCAAGGUAUAUACCGUCGGAAAGGAGUACACGCACGCCGAAACCCGAAAAUCCCCCGUCGUUGACGGUGUUGUUCGACGGAACACAGAAGGCAAAGAGAUCCGCUUUAUCACGAGACUUAGUGAAGAAGAAAAAGCUUGGGCUACUAAGAUAUGCGAAGGAUUCGGCCAACGCGUCUGCGGUUUUGACAUGCUCCGCUGUGACAACGGGCAGAAAAGUCAAGUCAUCGACGUCAACGGCUGGAGUUUUGUCAAAGGCAAUAACACAUAUUAUGGUACUGCUUUUCUCUUUCGUGGAUCAUCCGUCUGCAUGCACUACGGUAUUGUAUCAUUGAGUCGCAGGUCCUCCCAGUGGGCAGAGAGGGCAGAUCGCUGUGAUGUGGCUUGCCGAGACAAAGCUGCGGACAUUCUUGCCGCUCUGUGUAUGCGAUUAUCGUCAUCGCCUGAUCGCGCUCUGCCUGGGGCCGAGAACACGUCUCUCGAAACUCCGACCUGGUUACUCAAGGCGAACGUGACGGUAUACAGACACGCCGAUCGUACACCGAAACAGAAACUGAAAUUCAAUUUCCCGAUUGGCGAGCCUUGGACACAACCUUUCGUCGCCCUCUUGAAUGGAGAGAAGGAAGAGAUCAUUCUUCGAGAGAAAGACCAACUGAACCUAAUUGCUACCGCUGUUGAGGAAGCGAAGAGACUGGGGGCAGAUGGUGAAGAGCUGAACAAAUUGACGCAGUUGAACAACGCCCUCUUCAGCAAGAUUGAUUUACCUGGAACAAAAGCUCAACUCAAACCAGUGUACUCUAAACGUCAGGCGGGACAUGUGCGAAGACUAACAAAAUUGACACUGGUAUUCAAAUGGGGUGGAGAGUUCACACACUCCGCCCGCUAUCAAUCGAGAGAUCUGGGCGAGAACAUGAAGAAGGAUAUUUCCAUUAUGAACAAGGAAGUCCUGCAAAAUGUGAAGAUCUUUACAUCGUCCGAAAGACGUGUCAUUGCUUCAGCGGAAAUUUUCGCAGCUUCUCUUUAUGACACCCAAUCUCCUUCUUACCCAAUGAACACACCUUCCAACUCCAGCUCACGGUCUUCAACGGACGGAUCGACCAACGGCAAUGGGAGCUACAUGAAUUCUCCCCAUCCCGAGCCCCCUCUCACACUCAUUGUGCGAAAGGACCUGCUUGACGAUUCCAAUGCUGCAAAAGAUUUGAUGGAUGAUGUCAAGAAACGUCUCAAGAUCUUAUUGCGACCUGGUGAGCCGGAGAAAAGGCCUGAGCUUACGUGGCCCAAGAGCAUGAAGAAAGAGCCCGUUGAGGUAGUCAAAGAGGUGAUAGAACUGCUAGGAUCCUUCAGGGACAUCAUGCGUCGGAAUUUUGAGACCAUGGAUGUCGACAGGAUUCAGGAAAGAUGGUGCUGCGAUGAUGAACCAUGGCUAUUUCGAGAAAGAUGGGAGAAGUUGUUCGAAGACUUUUGUGAUGUUGAACAGAAGAAGUUUGACCCCUCACGGGUAUCGGAGCUUUACGAUACCAUCAAGUACUGUGCCUUGCACCACAGAACCUUCUUGUUUGCUAUAUUCGACGAGAACGGACGCCGAGAUCCUCUUCAGCCUCACGACCGUAAACUACAUGAGUUGUAUGGUAGAGCCAAGGCCCUCUUUGAUCUAGUUGCUCCUCAGGAGUAUGGCAUAGAUCCGGAUGAGAAAGAAGAAAUUGGCGUCCUAACAUCUCUACCGUUGCUUCACAAUGUCGUCCAAGAUUUGGAAGCAGCUCGAAACAAUGGCGGUAGUUCAUUGACGCUCUACUUCACCAAAGAAAGCCAUAUUCAUACCUUGGUCAACCUUGUACUACUCUCCGGUCUCCCGAUUGCCAAUCGCCGCAUCCCAGAACUAGAUUACGCUUCUCAUAUCACAUUUGAACUGUAUGAGCGUAAUCACGGACGAGGCAAGUCGGACAAGGAGUAUUCUAUCAAGAUCUCUUUAAGCGAAGGUGCACACUCGUCGAAUGUACUAGAUUCGACAUUAGAUGCCCGCCAUUCCCUGAAUGUCCAGUCACGAAAGAAAUUGUCGCAACAUCUACCGUAUAGCCUCGUUAUAGAGAAACUAUCCAAACAUUUCCAUAGAUUAAGUGAACUCCAAGAUGAGGAUACCGGUCCGGACACGCCCUUUGAGACAGUGGAAGCCUUGCCCGCCCUAGACAGCGGAAGUGACGAUUUGUAGACAUGCUUAAUAGUACUAAUAGUAAAACAUACAACGGUAAUCAAUAAUAUAAUGUACACCCCAGACACUUGUAAAUACACUACCAUCGUCUAUUCU